GGAUGCACUGAUAAAUAUGUUUGGUGGAACAUACGAAUCCCCUUUGGGGACACUGAAGGAAGACGCAUAUAUGGUAUUCGACAAAUGUAAAUACAUUUUAGGAGGAUCGUGUUAUAGUAACAGUGCGCAAAAGUUGCUUAAAUGGGACUUUGCAGGGCCUUUCUUUAUCUCGGUUCUCUUUCCAUUAACAGUCUAUUUCCCGCGCGCUACAUACGAAGUUGAAAGGCAAAAUGAGGCUUGCGUUGCGCUAUUCCUAUUCAUUUGGAUUUUACCGUUCCUCUGUGGUAUAAAUGCCUCCCUUUUGGGAUCGUUUGUGUAAGUGUUGCCCAUCAUUUUCGUCUAGCAGAGACAAUUACAGGCACCAUUAUGGUAUAAUGUCUGCAAUGAUGUAUAUGAUGCUGCCAAUUUGGCUCUCAAGUUUCGUUUCAAAACUCUUUCCCAUCUUUGUCAAGGUACUGCUCAUAGCACCAGCUACCGUGUAUUCGUUGUUAGGUGAGAUAUUUUUGAUACAGUAUAGCAUAUCUAGUGUGUUACAAACUUUCAAAAUCGCAAGUGGUGGAAAAUAAAAGUUUUCUAGCCUUUAGUCCCAUGUUUUUCACAUACCUAACAGUGGGCAUAACAUCUGCAUUGAGCUGAAUUCAGCCUCUGUACCUGAGCUUUUAUUGGGAUAAAAAUGUAAAAGUCAUCAUUAGCGAUGAAGGUAUGGUUUUUAACCAAUUUACGUCCCUAUCAAUGGGUAACCCUGAU